AUGUGGUCCCAGCAAGGGGCUUCAGAUGACGGAAUCGCAGCGGGAGCGGGCCCCAUUGAGGGCAGGAUCGGUCCCGAGGAAGAGGAGGAGGUGGUGGAGGAGGAGGAGAAAGGGGAGCAGAGCGAGGACGUGAGCAGCAGCGGCGGCGGCGGCGACGCCGCCACUUUGGCACUGCCUCCACCUCCUGCGUCACCGCUGGUGGCCGGAGGUCCCAGCAAGAGCAAUGGCGAAAGGAUGGAGGAGGAGGAGGGGGAGGAGGAGGGGUUGGAGGUGAGCGGCGAGGGCUCCACCCAGUGGUGGUGUCGGGAGGAAGCCGACGUUGAGCCCUGGAGAAGCUCUGAGCCUACCGAAAACUCGGAGGAGGAGGAGCGGGGGGAGGUGGUGGAGGAGGAGGAGGAGGACCCCGACUUUGUGCCGCGAGGGGAAAAGCGAGGGGGGGCGAGGAGGGGGAGGAGGAAGAGCGGUGGGAGGCGCGGUGGAGUCGCGGGCAGGAGAGAAGGUGGAGGAGUCGGAAGGAGCGCAGCCACCGCUGAGCGCAGUCACCGCUGCCACCUCUGUGACCGGAUCUUCGGCUCCGUCACGCUUCUACGCAACCACAUCAACACCCACACCGGCACGAAGCCGCACCAGUGCUCCGAGUGUGCGAUGGCGUUUGUAACCAAGGGCGAGUUGGUGCGGCACGGCCGCUACGUUCACACAGGGGAGAAGCCCUUCAAGUGCUCAGCGUGCGAGUACACCAGCGUCGAGGUGAGCAUGAUGAAGCGCCACAUGCGGUCGCACACUGGCGAGCGUCCGUUCCAGUGCAGCAUGUGCAGCUACGCCAGCAAGGACGCCUACAGACUCAAGCGGCACAUGAGGACGCACUCCGGAGAGAAGCCGUACGAGUGCCCAGUGUGCCGGGCGCGGUUCACUCAGAAGAGCUCCAUGAAAUCCCACGUGCAGCAGAAGCACACGGAGGAGGGGGCCGCUCCACGCUUUCCCUGCCCGCACUGCGACGCUGUCACGGCACGCAAGAGUGACCUGGGCGUGCAUCUGCGCAAGCAGCAUGCGCUGGUGCGUCGUGGCCUGCGCUGCCGCUACUGCGCGGCCACCUUCCACGAGCACUUUGCCCUCAUGCAGCACCAGCGCUGCCACCACCACGAGAAGCACUUCAAGUGCGACCGCUGCCAGUACGCCUGCACGCAGGAGCGACACAUGAUAGCUCACAAGCGAUCUCACACGGCCGGGAAGCCGUUCGACUCGGCCCAACUCCCCAUAGACGACAAGGAGGGGAGGCGGGAGGAGGAGGAGGUGGCGGAGGCGGAGGUGGUGGUGAAGGUCAAAGUAGAGGUGGAAGAGCAGAGUCAGGAGGAGGUGGAAGAUUCCGAACCACCCUCUGCGAAGCGAUGGCCCACCCCGCCGUCCAAAGCCAGACGAGGCCGACCGGCAAAGUCCAAACAAUAACCAGGCGAGACCUUGGGUGGGUGGGUGAGUUAGUGAACGGUUUUGUGAGGUGAGGUGGGGGUAGGUGGGUGAGCUCGUGAGUGGGUGGGUGAGCUUGUGAGUGAGUUAGUGGGUGACUACUGGGUCAGUGGGUGUUUAAUGAGCGGGUUAGGUGAUUGAGUGAGAUAGUGGGUGACUAUUUGAUCAGUUGGUGGUUAAUGAGUGGGUGAGUGAGUCAGUUAGUGGGUGACUAUUAGAUCAGUUGGUGGUUAAUGAGUGGGUGAGUGAGUGAGUUAGUGGGUCACUAUUGGGUCAGUUGGUGGGUUAAUGAGCGGCUUGGGUGAGUGAGUGAGUUAGUGGGUCACUAUUGGGUCAGUCGGUGGGUUAAUGAGUGGCUUGGGUGAGUGAGUGAGUGAGUCAGUUAGUGGGUGACUACUGGGUCAGUGGGUGGGUUAAUGAGCAGUUUGGGUGAGUGAGUGAGUUAGUGGGUGACUAUUUGAUCAGUUGGUUAAUGAGUGGGUGAGUGAGUGAGUUAGUGGGUGACUACUGGGUCAGUGGAUGGGUUAAUGAGUGGGUGAGUGAGUGAGUGAGUUAGUGGGUGACUAUUUGGUUAGUGGGUGGGUUAAUGAGCGGGUUGAGUGAGUGAGUGGGUGACUACUGGGUCAGUGGGUGGGUUAAUGAGCGAUUUGGGUGAGCUGGAUUCAUGAAUCCCCAUUCUCCUUCUGGUGACCGUGUUCUGCUGUUGACAGCAGCAGAUCUGGAAGAACGCUGCCGCUGCAGCUGUGCAACCAGAGUGGAACGACGCGGACGUCCAGAAUGAACUGAACUAAAAAGUAUUAAAACUUUUUAUUUUAUUUUACCAGCCGUAAGGCCCCACCGAGCUGCUGUGUAGUAGCUCUUUUUUUAGAAGUGACCUGACUAUCACAAAUGAUAGCAGCUCAACAGAGUGAGUGGCUGUUUAUCAUCAUCAUCAUCACGUGGACAUUUUUUAGCAGCAGCUAAAUAACUAUAUAAACACGUAGAGACGUUGACUCUGAAAAGUGGAGGGGAAAAGAAACCGGUGGACCCCCUGGAGAAAAAUCUACGCGACCACCACGGAGAAGAGGAGAGACACCGCCAACUCCAAAUAUACAGCAACAGGCGUCGGGGUAGGGUCUGAAACCCACGGCCUCCUGUGCACCAGGCAAGGUAGUCAACAUCUCCGAGCCCACCGUCGCGCUCACCCUCGGGACCCGGACAUCCAAGGGCACCUCCUGGCUCUUUGACAUUCCACCUCACCUCCUCCACGGGGAUGCCGGUCGGUGGGAAACAUCGACCUCGUCGGAGCGUCGACAGGCUGCUUGCGCUGCUGUGGUCAUGCAACUCCUCCGAGCAUGUAGACCGUUAGUAGUAGGUUUUUACCCUUUAAACUGGUACAAAACUUACACCUUUAUACAAGGCAUCAUGUUUGCAAUAACCACAACACAAGCAGUCAAAAUGCAAACAAAAGAAACAACUCUGAUAAUGAUAAUAAUAUGCACUGUCCUUGAAGUUGAUUGGUCCACACCCGAGACAGCUUUCCUUAGAGCCUAGUCUCCAUUGCUGUUGAACCAGAUGACACCAAAAGGCGUACAACUCAAAAAUUAUCAGAGUUGUUUCUUUUAGUUUGCAUUUUGACUACUUGUGUUGUGGUUAUUGCAAACAUGAUCCCUUGUAUAAAGGUGUCAGUUUUGUACCAGUUUAAAGGGUAACAACCUACUACUAUAUUUUGCCACUGGUAAAGGAGGUCUCAUAGUGUACAUGUGGACCGUUGUCAUUAUAUAAACCUCGGUGGGUGUGCGCUACUUCGACGGAGGAGGGGAAUAGCAACACUGCACAAACUCUCCUAAAAACGCUGAAUCGGCACGGUAGGGGCGACGUACGGUGUGAAAGAAGUUCAACAUACUGUACACGCAUACACAGAGACCCACAGAUACCCAGACCCAUAGAGACACCCUGACCCCUAGAGACCCACAGAUUAGCACGGUUGGGCUAUGUAUGGUGCGACAGAAGUUCAACAUACUGUACACACACAGCCACUCACACCCAUAGAGACCCACAGAUUACUACGGUUGGGGCCACGUACGGUGUGAAAGAAGUUCGAUGUACAUAUAUCAUAGCUAGCAGACCUCGACAUUGCACUCAGUUUCCGAACAUAUUGCUGCCAUACGCAAGAAUAUAAUCAUGAGUAAGUGAAUGCAUUAGGUGUGUAAGCUAAUAAACGAGUGAAUGGGUAUUUGGGUGAGCUCCUGGACGAGCGAGUUGAGUGAAUGGGGGAAGGGGAGUGAGGGGGAUGAGUGGAUGGGUGGUUCAUAAAAUUAUGGAAUGGGUCCUUGACAGCAAACCGAUAGAAGAGGGUUCAUCAGUAUCCAUAAUCGAGCUUUUUUUGGGUAAGAUCGUGUUAAGUAUAAAUGUGUCGUUAAACCCGCCACCACCCGACACAGGCAAUUAGUAAGGUUUGUCACUUAAAGAAAACGUGGCAAUUUGUGACGUGUUUUCUUUACGUGACAAACCUUAAUCAUUUGCCUGUGGCGGGUUUAAUUAUAUAUAUCUAACCCAAAAACACCUCGGUGAUGCAUACUAUUGGUCGCGAAAGGCUUCCGUGUUGAACCAAACUUUUUUAUUUUCAUCAGGUAAGGCCCACUGAGAAACUGUAUGUAAAAGCGCUUUUUCAGAAGCAACCUGGUAAUCGAAAAUUAUAAUAGCUCAAUCAAGUGGCUUAUCAUCACUUGGGCAUUUAUAGCAGAACACAUCUAUCAUGCAAUACUGUUGGUCGCGAAAGCCCUACUACUACGACAUACCUGGCAACCCCUCAUCAGUGCCCUACCUUAUCACAGACCAAUUCAGACCUUAUUGGUCACCCCGUGCACUUAGAAAUCUCAACGUUCAUCCUACAAGGGAGAACACAGACAUUUUUUGUUACCUGUAUUGAAAUGGCACUAUACCGUUUGGACCUGAAAACUCAAUGUCCCUGUGCAAGAAGAAUACGGGGUAAACCGUAUGGGUUGACGGGUAUGCCAAUCAGUUUCUAAGACAAUGCAUAUCCAUCUUCUUGGUUCUUUCGGUAAAGUCACGUAGAAGGGAAAUAAUGAAAAUAAAACAUAAUAAAAUACAAUUCUCACGACGUAUCGGCCACAACGCAAGCAGCCGUCAAGUCUGUCAGAAAGACAGCGUCUGAAU